GUACUAGUAUUGUAGUAGUGUAGUACUAGUAUUGUAGUAGUGCAGUACUAGUAUUGUAGUAGCAUAGUACUAGUAUUGUCUGAGUGGAUGGUUCUACUAUAGAUGUAGUCCUGAAGGAACAUGUACGAUGCCUCCACAACACACCACAUCCUAACAAUAUCAGGAUGUUGCAUGAACAUGACAUCCGCGGUGAAUAUCAUGUAGUGUGGACGCAGCUUAAAUCCCAUCUAUCUAACAGGUAGUGGACGCAGCUUAAAUCCCAUCUAUCUAACAGGUAGUGGAUGCAGCUUAAAUCCCAUCUAUCUAACAGGUAGUGGACACAGCUUAAAUCCCAUCUAUCUAACAGGUAGUGGACACAGCUUAAAUCCCAUCUAUCUAACAGGUAGUGGACGCAGCUUAAAUCCCAUCUAUCUAACAGGUAGUGGAUGCAGCUUAAAUCCCAUCUAUCUAACAGGUAGUGGACACAGCUUAAAUCCCAUCUAUCUAACAGGUAGUGGACGCAGCUUAAAUCCCAUCUAUCUAACAGGUAGUGGAUGCAGCUUAAAUCCCAUCUAUCUAACAGGUAGUGGACACAGCUUAAAUCCCAUCUAUCUAACAGGUAGUGGACGCAGCUUAAAUCCCAUCUAUCUAACAGGUAGUGGAUGCAGCUUAAAUCCCAUCUAUCUAACAGGUAGUGGACACAGCUUAAAUCCCAUCUAUCUAACAGGUAGUGGACACAGCUUAAAUCCCAUCUAUCUAACAGGUAGUGGACGCAGCUUAAAUCCCAUCUAUCUAACAGGUAGUGGACACAGCUUAAAUCCCAUCUAUCUAACAGGUAGUGGACGCAGCUUAAAUCCCAUCUAUCUAACAGGUAGUGGACACCGCUUAAAUCCCAUCUAUCUAACAGGUAGUGGACACAGCUUAAAUCCCAUCUAUCUAACAGGUAGUGGACACAGCUUAAAUCCCAUCUAUCUAACAGGUAGUGGAUGCAGCUUAAGUCCCAUCACCAGGAACAUCACAUGACAGGUGGUCCUGAGAGAACAUGUAAGACACCUCCACCAUCCAUCUAUCUAACAGGUAGUGGACGCAGCUUAAAUCCCAUCUAUCUAACAGGUAGUGGACACAGCUUAAAUCCCAUCUAUCUAACAGGUAGUGGACACAGCUUAAAUCCCAUCUAUCUAACAGGUAGUGGACGCAGCUUAAAUCCCAUCUAUCUAACAGGUAGUGGACACAGCUUAAAUCCCAUCUAUCUAACAGGUAGUGGACACAGCUUAAAUCCCAUCUAUCUAACAGGUAGUGGAUGCAGCUUAAAUCCCAUCUAUCUAACAGGUAGUGGACACAGCUUAAAUCCCAUCUAUCUAACAGGUAGUGGACACAGCUUAAAUCCCAUCUAUCUAACAGGUAGUGGACGCAGCUUAAAUCCCAUCUAUCUAACAGGUAGUGGACACAGCUUAAAUCCCAUCUAUCUAACAGGUAGUGGACGCAGCUUAAAUCCCAUCUAUCUAACAGGUAGUGGACACAGCUUAAAUCCCAUCUAUCUAACAGGUAGUGGACGCAGCUUAAAUCCCAUCUAUCUAACAGGUAGUGGACGCAGCUUAAAUCCCAUCUAUCUAACAGGUAGUGGACGCAGCUUAAAUCCCAUCUAUCUAACAGGUAGUGGACGCAGCUUAAAUCCCAUCUAUCUAACAGGUAGUGGACACAGCUUAAAUCCCAUCUAUCUAACAGGUAGUGGACACAGCUUAAAUCCCAUCUAUCUAACAGGUAGUGGACGCAGCUUAAAUCCCAUCUAUCUAACAGGUAGUGGACGCAGCUUAAAUCCCAUCUAUCUAACAGGUAGUGGACACAGCUUAAAUCCCAUCUAUCUAACAGGUAGUGGACGCAGCUUAAAUCCCAUCUAUCUAACAGGUAGUGGAUGCAGCUUAAGUCCCACAUCAAGGAACUGCAUGUGGUCAACACCACCACUAAAGACCCUGACCAUCCCUGUAGACACCACUACUAACCCAUCCCUGUAAUAUCCCACUACUAACCCAUCCCUGUAGACACCACUACUAACCCAUCCCUGUAAUAUCCCACUACUAACCCAUCCCUGUAAUAUCCCACUACUAACCCAUCCCUGUAAUAUCCCACUACUAACCCAUCCCUGUAGACACCACCACUAAAGACCCUGACCAUCCCUGUAAUACACCACUACUAACCCAUCCCUGUAAUACACCACUACUAACCCAUCCCUGUAGACACCACUACUAACCCAUCCCUGUAGACACCACUACUAACCCAUCCCUGUAGACACCACUACUAACCCAUCCCUGUAGACACCACUACUAACCCAUCCCUGUAGACACCACUACUAACCCAUCCCUGUAAUAUCCCACUACUAACCCAUCCCUGUAGACACCACUACUAACCCAUCCCUGUAGACACCACUACUAACCCAUCCCUGUAGACACCACUACUAACCCAUCCCUGUAGACACCACUACUAACCCAUCCCUGUAGACACCACUACUAACCCAUCCCUGUAGACACCACUACUAACCCAUCUCAGUAAUACACCACUACUAACCCAUCCCUGUAGACACCACUACUAACCCAUCCCUGUAGACACCACUACUAACCCAUCCCUGUAAUACACCACUACUAACCCAUCCCUGUAGACACCACUACUAACCCAUCCCUGUAGACACCACUACUAACCCAUCUCAGUAAUACACCACUACUAACCCAUCCCUGUAGACACCACUACUAACCCAUCCCUGUAGACACCACUACUAACCCAUCCCUGUAAUACACCACUACUAACCCAUCCCUGUAGACACCACUACUAACCCAUCCCUGUAGACACUACUACUAACCCAUCCCUGUAAUACACCACUACUAACCCAUCCCUGUAAUAUCCCACUACUAACCCAUCCCUGUAGACACCACUACUAACCCAUCCCUGUAGACACCACUACUAACCCAUCCCUGUAGACACCACUACUAACCCAUCCCUGUAGACACCACUACUAACCCAUCCCUGUAGACACCACUACUAACCCAUCCCUGUAGACACCAGUCCUACCCUCCCCACCCUCAACCCAAACCCUCCUAACCCAGCCCAAACUGGCCUCAUCCCCAUUCCAACCAGUAGCCCACCCACAUCAUGACAUUAUGCUACUGAGGAUGGAGAGAUGAGGGAUCCAGCCCUGACCGUGUUGCUAUGCUGACUAGAGCUGUGUGCUGGUCUAGCUAGUAGUUCCAGUUUCUAUCACCACACCAGGCAGAUACAGAGAGCAGCUAACUAACAGGUGGGCUGUAGAUCGUAUGACCGGUCAGGAAAGGAGACGAGAGAGGAGAGCGUUUCUUGGGAUACCCCUUAGGGAACCAGUGGAGUCCCGCCAACAGCCAGGCUACAAAUCCAACCAAUUCUCCUGGCCUAUUAGAAACCUCCCUAGCACUAGAAUGAUACUGACUGACACUGGAAAGUUGAACCUGUCAUCUGGAAGGAAAGCUUGUACUCUCUCGCCAUAAUAAUGUCUUGAUUCAGUUAUGUUUAUCACCCAUAUAUGUAUGGUAUAGUGGAGGUUACAGUAUGUAUGGUAUAGUGGAGGUUACAGUAUGUAUGGUAUAGUGGAGGUUACAGUAUGUAUGGUAUAGUG